UCUCCCACAGUCUUUGAAGUAUUUGAAGGCAGCAGCAUAGGUCUGUUAACUGGUCAGCUCUGUAAACAUACAGUAUCAAUGUUAUUUGCGAGGAGGCAGUGCUAACAGCACAAGAAGACUGUGGGAUUGGUCAAACACUGUCGCUCUCUUUUAAUGGCGUCAUUCUGUAGCGUUUAAGGGGUUUAUGGUAGUCAUUUUUCCGACUCUUUACGGUGGGAAUGGUGAAGAGGAACACUUUUCAAGGAGGUCUGCAGUGGUUCAACACAGUGUGCGCUGUCGCGUGAGAUGCUUCAGUGUUAUGCUAAUGAUGAAGCUAACGGACUCUGGCUGCUUGACAUCCAAGGGGAUGUUAAUGACACCGCAUUAUUCCAGAAACACCCGCCGGAGCGAAGGAUAACCGGACGAAAUGCUUAAUAUAAUCUCAGCGGUUGGUAAAUGGCGUUAUAACCCUGUAACACGCACAGUUUGCGCCAGCGCUGCGGUGAUGCCUUCAUGCGCAUAGCUGUGUAGUUUCAUCACUUUGCGGGGAUGUCAUUCACAAUGGAGGAUAAUUUUGAGUCGGGCUGGGUAGCCGUCCGUCCAAAUGCGUUCGAAGAGAAGGAGAAGCAUAAAUUUGUCUUUAUCGUAGCAUGGAAUGAAGUGGAAGGCAAAUUUGCCAUCACAUGUCACAACAGGACGGCGCAAAGGCGAAGCUUUGGCAGCAGCAGGGAGGAGGAUGGAGACAAAACAAGAUGGCCCGGAAGUCCUGGAGGGGAUAAACUGUCCUGGAGCUCUGGCUCAGGAACAAGAGAGGCUGCAGUGAAAGGCCUUAAAAGCAAGCUUCCAGGUUCCAAACUAAGUCCUGUGAAAAUUAAGACUGUGGUCAACUAUGUGUCAUGUCAUGUUAGUUCUGAUCCUGAGUCACAGCAAGAGGAACAGCAGCCCUGUGUGGGCACUUUGGACCUGGAGGACAGUCUUAGUCGGGAGGACUGCAGUUGGGCAGGACUCUUUUCCUUCCAGGACCUGCGGGCAGUCCACCAGCAGCUGUGUUCUGUCAACUCGGACCUGGAGCCCUGUCUUCCAGUCUUUCCAGAGGAACCAAGCGGAAUGUGGACAGUGCUGUUUGGGCCAGCUGAGGUCUCAGAGACUGAGAUGGAUGAACUAUGUUCAAAGUUGCAGCUCUACCUGGGCCAUGCACUAGAUAUAUGCGGCUGGAAGAUCCUCUCCCAGGUUCUGUUCACUGAAAAUGAUGACCCAGACGAGUACUACGAGAGCCUUAGCGAGCUGAAGCAGUCUGGAUAUGAAGAAGCGCUUCAGCGUGAAAGCAAACAUCUGCAAGAGCUGCUGGAAAGACACAGGAGCAUGGACAGCAUGGUAGAAUUGUUGGAGCUUUACGAGGAGGAGGACCAGGCUUAUGGAUCCUUGCUGGAGGCCUCCACGCAGUUGUACCAGUACCUGCUGCAGCCAUUCCGAGACAUGAGGGAGCUGGCCAUGCUACGCAGACAACAGAUCAAGAUCUCCAUGGAGAAUGACUACCUGGGCCCGAGGCGCGUUGAAGCUCUCAAGAAGGAGGACUCUGAUUGGCAGAGGAAAGCUCAGGAGGCGGUCCUUAUUAUCCAGGAAUUCACUGUAAAAUACUUUGAGACAACUGCGAGAGCUCAGAAAGGCGUUUAUGAGCGUAUGAAGGUGGACCAGCGCAAGUUUGGUAAGGCCUCAUGGACAGCAGCAAUGGAGCGGAUGGAGAGACUCCGUUACUCUGUCGCCAAGGAAACCCUGCAGCUGCAGAGAGCCAGGGAGAUCAGCCUAGAGCAGAGGAAGCACACCCUUAGAGAAGAGAUGCAGAGCCUGUGUAGCAGUGAGCAUGCAAUGACCCUUCUGGACCACAUGGAGUCACAGUACUAUGAGCUGCAGCUCCAACUGUAUGACAUCCAGUCUGAGAUCCUUCAGUGUGAAGAGCUGCUACUCACUGCUCAGUUAGAGAGCAUUCGACGACAGAUGACAGAACGUCAGGAUGAGGUGGUGUACUACGACACCUUUGAAAGCGCAGCUGAUAUUACACAGGAAGACACCGCAGAGAAGGAAGAAAUGCACAGGCUUCAGGUCAGCGCUCGACAACUGGAGGCGCGAAGGGGACGCAUCACUGCCAAGCGCUCUUAUUUGAGGAGCAAGCGGGAGAUCUGUGUGUCAAACCACGUUAAGAAACAGCAGAUGCGUCAAAGCACACAGAAAGACUUCUUAUCCCAACACAUCUUACAGCUGAGACUUGAUGAAGAGGAGGAUGAGAGAAAGAACAACAGAGUGCGUCAAGAGAGGCAAAGAACUCUGGACAGACUUCGCACUUUCAAGCAGAGGUACCCGGGUCAGGUGAUUCUCAAGUCCACGCGAAUACGUGUGGCCCACAGCAGAAGGAGGGAGCGUGGAAAGGUUAUGCCAACGGAUGGCGGGAGCGAUAGGGAGGAGCGUUCAGACCCUCCUACCAUGCGGAGUCCAGGCCAGCAGCCGCUAUUCCUCAGCACCAGCGUGCAGACGGACCUCAGCUCCACGCUCACCACCCAGCCUGUCACAGGCCUGGCAGCGUCACUUCCUCCUCUGCUUGUGCCCAAUCCCGCAGACUCCUUCUGCUCUCCCUGCUCCCUCUCGUCACUGUUGGCAUCUCCUGCAUCACCUCCACCUCCACCCCCUCCUCCGCCUCCCCUGCCAAUACGAGAGCAGGUUUCCCCCUCAGAGAGCCCGGGCAGCCACAGGCAGAAGGCGGAAGAAAAGAGUGCUACAGAGGAGCUUCCUCUCUCGCCGCUUGGCCCCUUCCACCCUCGCUUCUUUGACAGCAGCCAGCUGUUGAGCGCCCGCAAAAAACUGAGGAAGACUCCAGAGUUUGACGGCCACAACAGACGAGUGAGCUCCCCCAUGGACGAGGUGCUGGCCUCUCUGAAGAGAGGGAGUUUCCACCUGAGGAAGGUUGACCAGCGGCCCCUUCCUCCUCCCGCCAACAGUGACGAUGACCCCAACAGCAUCUUAGCUCAGAUCCGCAAGGGGGUCAAAUUGAGGCAAGUCCCUCCAAAAGACAGAAAAGGUCAGGACGAGGCCUCCAGUGACCCUCUCACCAGGAGCAUCUAUGAGGCACUUCGCCGUAUCAAAGAGGCCUCCCCGGAGUCGGACUCUGAUGACGACGGGUUGGGGGGCCCAGACUGGGAAAGCUAGGGUUUGAGGCUCAGAAAAAUAUGUGAGGGUGCACUGUCAGAAAUAGGGGUACAGUUUGUACCUUUUCAAGGGUCAAAAAGUUACAGACAUGUUUCCAAACUGCAAAACGCCACUCCAGUGACAAGAUACUGUACUUUAUGUGAGUGUUCUAUCCACACACACGCACACACACACAUACACACACACGUGAGCACAGACACACACUCACAGUACCAGGGGCUCAUCAUACUAAUUAUCUGACUAGGUGGUCGAUGGUCAUUUUGGUUUUCCAUGCUGCUCAGACCAUCACGAUCAUCUGUGCUGUAUUUAACUUCUAAAAUCACACUACACUAUAUUGAUGCCAUAUUUAUUUGUAAUUAUUCCAUGAUGAUGUUGCCAAGCGCCGCCCCUUUGUAGCCACAUUUACACCUCCACUUACAGUAGUUGUUAUUAAAGGUCCCCUAUUAUCAUAUUUUUCAACUAUUUUAAGUCAGUUUCAAAGUCCAGUUCAAAAUAUACUGUCGAAAAUGAAGCCUUGAUGCUGGAAUUUAGACAGUUUAAAGGAAAACUGUACUUUUAUUGGAAUUUUGUCCAUCAUCCACAAUCCUUAUGUGAGACAUGAACACACGUCUUUCUCUUUUCUGUGCGUUCUAAAGAUAUAAAAACAGUUCUAAAGAGGUAGGAAGGCGGCAGCUUUAAUAUGUAGCGUUACCUUUCUGUAGUGGCCUGAUGAGUUGCGAGUGCGGCGCUCUGAGCGAGUGUGCGGUGAAGCUAGUCGCUAGCUGGUGUGGUGUGGAGAGCUCUCACUAUGCCAGGAAAGUAGUUCUUCGGCCUAACAAUGUUAAUAACAAUAAUAUUAACAAUGUCGCUGUAGCUUGGUUAAUAUGCAGGUUGUUGGCACUUUUUGGAGGUGUUUUCAGAAGGCUUUGUAGGCGGAAUAGUUGCGUCCUAUUACCUGCCUCUUUUUAGUUGUUCUCAUAUCUUUAGAACGCACAGAAAAGAGAAAGACGUGUGUUCAUGUAUCCCAUAAGGGUUGUGGAUGAUGGGCAAAAUUCCAAAAAAAGUACAGUUUCUCUUUAAAAGUGCUUUUAGUAAGCAUUAUGGGAACACACCAUUUUUUGUGUCUAUAGCUUUAAUGCUGAUGAGCUGUGUGUCUCGAGCAGAAGGUACUGUAUCUGAGCACUUUAUCCACUUUUGACAUGUACAUUGUAACUCUGCACUUGUCCAACAACAUACCUGCCAUAUAUCACAGCAACACUAGCAUAGCUGCCGUAUGUGAGCUACAGUGCUGACACAUUUUAACAGCAGCAUCAUGCUAGGUUAGCCUAGUCACUGGAGAAAAACUAAAUUACAACACUACAGCUCCCAUGGCUGUAGGUGACUGACAGCUGGUCAAAAUCGAAAUGUUAUUAUUUGUGAAGUGGUGACCGUGUACACGCUAGGUCGUCCUUCAUGACGUCAUGUCUCUUCUCUCAGAGGUGGAGCAAACAAGUGAGGGAGAUGAUGCAUUAUUCUCACAUUUUGGUGCUCAUAAACAUGCUCUAAGGCAUCCAUCCAUUUUCUAUGCCGCUUCUCCUCAUUAGGUUGCGGGGGUAUGCUGGACCCUAUCCCAGCUGACUUCGGACGAGAGGCGGUGUACACCCUGGACCGGUCGCCAGCCAACUGCAGGGCACAUAUAGACAAACAACCAUUCAUGCUAUGGACAAUUUAGAGUCGCCAAUUAACCUAACAUACACGCACGCACGGGGAGAACAUGCAAACGCCACACAGAGAUGCCCAAGGUCUUCGAACCCAGGUCCUUCCGAUCUCAUGACUGUGUGGCCAACAUGCUAACCCCUAGGCCACCGUGUGGCUGCUCUAGGGCAGUGGUUCUCGAUUAUUUUCUGUCAUGCCCCCACUGGGGGAGACAAAUGUUUUCACACCGCAACGAUUUUAAAUACUAUUGAGAAACAGAUAUUUAUCUUAUCUUUAUAUUUAUCUGUACUGUACAGACUGAGCUCGAAACUGAAACCAGCGAAAUGCAACAAAGUGGAAACCAGUGAAGCAUACAAGCAUAUUCAAGAAUCGCAUGCUGAGUAUGACAAAUUCAUACAUGUUGGCAGGCACCACGCCCCUCUCAGGGGGGCCCGCCCUACUAUUUCAGUAGCACUGCUCUAGGGACACAUAGUAUUACUGUUAUAACAUCACUAAAAGAAUUUUGCAUAAUAGGGGACCUGUAACUCAGCGCACUGACACUUGAACCCCUCAAACAGAUACAGUAUGUAUCUGUUGUUGUAAGGACGAGCUGACACUCUAACCAAACCAUGGAUUAGGCAUUAUAUGUAAAUUGGGGUCAUAUGGAUUACAAGAGUAAAGUAAAACUGACGCCAACCCACGCCAUGAAACAUUACCUCCGUCACGGUCUUGUAUAUUUUCUAUCAACGCUAAGAGGCUACACCAGGUGUGCUGUCCCAUCACAUGCGCAGGUGAUGAUGCGACAGGCCAUUUAAAGGCCCACUGCUCGUCUAAUCUGACAUUGCACACAUGCAGCAAAUCCUUCAGUAUGUCACACUAGAUUCCGGCCCCUCCCCCGCUUGCCCUCACCCCCAUGCUCCCUCAGCCUUCCAGGGUGGAUGACCAUCUGCUUAACCGCACCGUACUGUAUGAUAGAGCUGUGAUUGGCGAUUUGAUAAAAGCCUUUACAAAAAGCGCGAGCACCUAUUAGGAGAUUCCCAAGCUUUUUUUUUAAUAGGUUCUCCUUUGUUGUGGGGUGGCCGUGACUGCUACUCACCUUCUCCCCUCUUACAGAGUGGGCAGAAAUUCUAAGUGGGAAGUCAGUUAGUCACGUUGCUGCAAAAAAACAAUAUAUAUGCACCCACACGUGAAGUUCUCGGCCAACAUGCAGGAAUGUUAGUGGCGAACUUGAGGCAAGAUUAUGUAACUGUUUUACCUUAAAAGACCAGCUUCAGCGUCACUUCAAAUGAGGUUACAUUAUGGACAAAAGUAGUGGGAGGCCGUGCUAUUACACCUCCAGGAAGUUAAGUUAGGUGGGGUUGAGGUCAUGGCUCUCACGUUCUUCAACACCAAACUCAUCCAAGCCUGCCUUUCGUGUGCUGGGACACAUUCAUGCUGGAACGGACUUAGUUGGAAGCAAUUGUCUGUGUUGGGAAACUGAAGCUGUGCAUGAUCUAAUUAGUCAGGGGUGUCCAAAGUGCUGCCCCGGGGCCAAAAACCAACAGCAGCAAAAAAUGAAAAAUCAGCAGUAAUUUUACAAUAAAAAAUAAUUACGAGAAAAAAGUUGUGAUCUAACAAGAAAAAGUCAUCAUUUUACAAGAAUAACAUCGUAAUAUUAUGAGGACAAAUGAGAUCUUUUUUUAUCAUAAAGUGGAACUAUUAAAGAAGAAAAUGUUUUUUUUUUAAGUCGUAACAUCAUGAGAAUCAAACAAAACAAGGAAUGAAGUCGUAAUUUGGGAAAAUUAGGCAGGGAAAAACGUUUUAAUGUUACGAGAAUAAAGUCAAAAUGUAAUGGGAAAUCCGAGAAGAAAAUAUACAAGAAGAAAGUUGAAAUAGAAAAAACAGCAUGCAAAACACAGCUCUAAUUUUAAUAGAAUAAAGUCAAAAUAUUAAGAGAUUUUUUUUUUUACUGUAACAGGAAAGAAUGUUGCAAUUUUACGAGAAUAAAUUCCUAAUAUUAUGUGGAAGGAAUCAGUCGCAUCAAGUCUAAAUGUUAAAGAAUAUUAUGAGAAACAAAACGAAAUAAAGUUAUACUCUUUUGAAAAAAAAGUUACAUUAUGGGAAUAAAGUCCAAAGAUUAUGGGAAUACAGUCCGAAUUUUACGAAAAGCAAAUUUACAAAGAUUAUUUUCGAAGAAAGUUGAAAUAUUUUGAAGAAAAAAAAAGAGUAAAAUGACUGAAGGCCAUACUAAUACUAGGCUUUUUCACUUCUAUCAUAAAGCUUAGACACAUUUUGUUUUUCUUGAAACAUAUACAGUAUAACUUCUAAGCAUACCUAUGUUGGCCAUUGCAUCCUUUCAUCUUUCAGUAUGUGACCCUCGGCGGAAAAGGUUUGGACACCCCUGAUUUAGAGGUACCGGUAUGUUCCAAUAGUUUUGUGGAAGAAAUGUGUAUGAAUUCAUGCAGAGAGAGGGCUGGGGGCAGGGCAGACACACUCAUCCACAUCUAUGAGCCUUAACCUAAUUGUGUUGAAGUCUAUUAUUUAUCAAAUGACCCUUUUCCUCACUAAAGUAGUACAUUAAAGAAGUGCGUACGUCAGAGGUUAUUGGAGAGUGUCUCAGUGUUUCUUUACACUUUUAUGUGCACGAAUGCUGACUUCUUUUACAUGCACUGAUUGUGGCACAGUGAAUAUCACUGCACAAAUGUGGAUUCAUAAACUGGCACCAGCAUUCACGCAUGUGAGCCUGCUGCAGCUAUGAAUUACACACUAAUGUACUUUUCUCAUUGUACUAACAAGUUUACAGGGUACAGAGGUGGAGGUGUCAAUCAACAGUAGAGUAUGUCAGGCCGACAAUCGUCCACGCAUGAGGUCUAGGAGGUGCUUGUUGACUUCCAUAACUCUACCCAAAAGACCUUAAACAGGAAUCAUGGCUCUAUCCGUAUGUAACCUUAAUGCAGCUUCUAUCAUUUCUUACUAUCAUUUGCUUUGCAUGCCUCUAAUAAUCUCCCUUUAUAAGCAUUUUUAAGAGAAAUGUUAACAUUUAUUAUGCAGGCUCCCCCAUCCAAAAUGUGCGAUACCAGAAAUGCACUCAAACAACACAACCGAAUGCUGCAGUUUUCCCCACAUAAUGCCCCAAGAAUACACUUGUUUUGCCUUUUCGUUGUACAACCUUGUCCUGCAUUCAAAUAAAACCUUGCAAUGUGCAUUUUGAGAGUGCCUGUUUUCACUGAUGCGUGCUUGAUUGUGAUGGAUUUCGUUCACCAGUCCUCACACGUCAACAUCCUGAGGUACUUCUUUAAUAUCAUCAGUUCAAAAUUACUUUGAAAUAGUCAAAAAUAUUGCCAGUCUUCUCAUACCUUUAAAUACAAUAAUCAUACUUACAUUAUUACCAUACAUUACAAAACAAGAAAAAAAUGAAAAGCUUCUUAUCCACUACUGUACAAAGGCAUUCAUCAACAAUUAAGCAUGUUAUAUUUAAGGACGUUCCGCCUACAAGUCCAACAUUUGGGUAACAUGUUCCCCUACAUGGGCCUUAUUCCAGUGUAUUAACCUGUGCAACUAACUAGGUUGAAGUACAUGUGGUAGUCAAAUCUAGAUACACUAUGUGGUUAAAAAGUGUGGUUACACAGUGGAAACAAAGUGCUCAAUUCAUAUCGUGAGUUAGGACCGUAAAGGUUGCAGCAUCUCGUGUGAGGUUUUAAAAAACAUUUUGGAGACUUUUAAAGAAGCAGCCGUGGAUUAUUAAUAAUAGUAAUCAACCUGGUAUAUAAGAGUAUUGCACUGUUAUGCAUUUUCA